UUUGCAACGUGAAAAAUUCGACAACUUUGCGUAGGUACUUCGUACACCGUGGAAACGUUUUAUCUCACGGUAGUAUUUAUCUAAAUCAGUGAUGAUUAUUAAAUAUAUUGCCUGUGUGGGGUGCAUUUACUGACUAGAAUAUAUAAUUUUUAGUUAAUAGUUGUUUUAAAUCCAUAUAAAAAGGUUACAAGACGAAACCUAACCAUGCCGCCCAAAAAGCCCAGUGGAGCCAGUAAGAAAACAGAGCAAAAAAAGAAGGAGAAAGUUAUUGAGGACAAAACAUUUGGCUUGAAGAAUAAGAAAGGCGCUAAACAGCAAAAGUUCAUUCAACAAGUUGAAAAACAAGUGAAGAGCGGUGGAGUACAUCCAGUCAAACCUGUUGAGGACAAGAAAAAGGAAAAAGAACAAAAACUCAAAGAGCAGAAGGAGUUGGCGGCACUGUUCAAACCUGUCCAAACUCAGAAAGUUGAGAAAGGUACUGAUCCUAAGUCAGUUGUUUGUGCGUUCUUCAAACAAGGACAAUGUGCGAAGGGUGAUAGAUGCAAGUUUUCUCAUGAUUUGACAAUUGAAAGAAAGGCAGAAAAACGUUCAUUGUAUGUGGACAUGCGUGAUGAUGAUGACAAUAUGGAUAACUGGGAUGAGGAUAAGCUUAAAGAAGUGGUGGAAAAGAAACAUGGUGAAGGCGAUAAGCAGAGACCCACCACUGAUAUUAUCUGCAAACAUUUCCUUGAGGCAGUUGAGAGAUCAAAAUAUGGUUGGUUCUGGGAAUGUCCGUCAGGUUUGAAGUGUAUAUACAGGCAUGCCUUACCUGCUGGUUUUGUAUUGAAGAGGGAUAAGAAAAAAAUGGAAGAAAAGAAGAACGAAAUAUCUCUUGUCGAUUUAAUAGAGAGGGAACGAGCAGCAUUAGGACCUAAUCAAACCAAAAUCACCUUGGAAACGUUCUUGGCAUGGAAGAAGAAGAAAAUCAGAGAGAAACAGGAGGCAAUGAACCAGGCUGAAGAGCAGCGUCGCAGCGACUACAAGGCGGGUCGCGCCGUCGGCCUGUCGGGACGGGAGAUGUUCUCCUUCGACCCGACGCUGGCCGCCGACGAGGACGCCGAGGACGGAGACGAGGCCGUCGACCUCAGGACCUAUGAUGAGGAGGAGCUCGACAACACGCAGUACAGGGAGGUGCAGCUCGAUCUCAUCGGGAUGGAGGCCUCCGAGGUGGACGAUUCCGGUACUAAAGCGACUGAAGAUCGCUUGCAGCGCUUCGAAGACGAACUUUCACCUGUGGCAGCGGAGGCCGGCGCCGCACCCAUUAACGAGAACCUGUUCCUUGACGAGGACCUGGAUGAAGAGCUGCAGAACCUCGACCUGGAAGACUAGGAUACAGAUCUACACGCCGUACUUUGACUUUACCGUCUUCCCGCUCAUGAAAUUUUUCAUAAAUAAUAUAUGGAGUCUAGAAAAAGAUAUCCCAUGUUCUAUCUCGUUCUGUUGUGUACGUGUGACUGCCUCAGCGAGCGCGAGCGAGACGCGUUACGGCUCAGACCAAUACAAGCGUUGAGCUGAUAAGAGACGUGUAUACAUAAAUAUAUAAUUACUUUCAGAAAUCAUAUCAAUUUUCAAAUGUUUUAUUACGGUUGAGUUCGGAUCUUUGAUAGAAGUGUACUGUUAUAAAUAAUUCGUUGUCAGAAUCGGUUGCUAUUUAGAAGGAUAUUUUUUACCAAAAAUUAAAAUCGCAAUGUACAGAGUUUCACGUAUGUUCUCCCGGAGCGCCAAGACUAAUAUAAUUGACUUUUAUAUUUUUAUUUAUAAUGUAAAUAAUGUAUUUUUCGGUGAAGCAGAUUGCACGGGCGCAGUAGAGGCACCCCCCCAACCCCCCGCCACGUGAGCGAGCGACAAACAGAUGUAAAGUCAGAAUACGCGCUAGAGAUCCUCUAAUGUUAAUAGUAAUUAAUGUUUAAAGCGCUACGUGUAAUUUGUGAGACGUCUAAAAUCAGACUACGAGUUGAUAUUUUAAAAUCUGCUUCACAAAAGUUAAUUUAUUCGAAGCGUCUACCGUUUCGCUACGUGAUUUGAACUUACGAUUAAAUUCUUGAGGACUAGUGUGAUGCGGUCAGGCUCUUUGUGAAUGUCGUGGGUUUUUGGAGUUUUUCCCCGGGGACUUUAAAAAAAUAUCCUCGGCCCUACAUUACGGACAUCAACCGAUACAAAUGUGCGUCCUGGCGUGAUCAGCUGCGCUGAUGUGGCUCUGCACACGAGGAGUCCGGGGAGAUCGAUGUGCGUAGUGCGAGUUUUUUAACGUUCUCGAUAGCGUAAAAGUUAACUCAUAUCAGUAUGCAGUUGGAACAGCGCCCCUAGCGGCAAACGUAGCCAAACGUUACAAAUGCAUACAAAUUUGAGUUAACUUUUACGCUAUCGAGAACGUUAAAUAACUCUCACUAGGCACAAAGAGGACUCGAUAAAGAUAAGAGAGAGAUAAAACGGUUCGUCAUACUACUGCUAUCUGCACGUUUAUAUGUCAAACCAUUGAAACUUAGCAUUUUAUGAAUGUGCCUAAUAUGUCAAUAACAUUGUCAGUGAAGGCGAUUCUAAACUAAUCAUUCUCUUAAUAAUGAAAUUACAGUUUCGAAGAUAAAUCGUUGUAAAUGCUUGUCAUUGCGUUUCGUGAAUAUAAAAAACUAUUGAUAGUAAAGAUAUACAAUACGGUGUCUGUACGUAACAAAACAAUGUUUUUUUUUAUGUGUAUACGCCGGUAACCGUAACGAAAUGCACUUAAAUUAUUUUCAUCAUGAUUUUCUCUUAAAAAUAAUAUGAUUACAUAGUUUAAAUUUUUUAUGUGAUUAAUAAUAGUUGAAAGAAAUACCUACUAGAUUUUAUUUUGUAAAUACAAAGUAAAGAUGAUUUUUGUCGUU